AUGCUUUCGUACGAUGCUGCCAUGCCCACCAACAAGGGCCACAACAUGCCCUCGCCGCCAGAGUCGUUACAGGACGGUCUGACCAACGCCUCCCCCGCCAAGGACAUGGUGCUACCCCCCAACACCAGCCACUCCAGCCCUCACGCCUACAAGCAUCACCACAUCUGGCUAGUUACCGGACCGGCGGGAUGUGGCAAGACGACCGUGGCCAGUCACCUGGCAAAAACUCUCGACCUUCCUUAUGUCGAGGGAGAUUCCUACCACCCUCCUGCCAACAUUGAGAAGAUGGCCAACGGCAUCCCCCUCACUGACGCCGACCGCUGGGACUGGCUGACGGUUCUGCGAGAUGAGUCCAUCAGCCGCAUCGACGCCGGCGCCGACGGCGUCAUCCUCACCUGCUCCGCCCUCAAGCGCAAGUACCGCGACGUCAUUCGUGUGGCCUCUUACUACAACCCCAACCUCCUGAUCCACUUCAUCUACCUCGACGCCACCGAGGACCUCCUGCUGCAGCGCGUCGGCGCCCGCCAGGGUCACUAUAUGGGCGCCAACAUGGUCCACAGCCAGAUGGACACCCUCGAGAGACCCUCGGCCGACGAGCGUGACGUCAGCAAGGUCGACGUCAGCCAGUCCAUGGAGAAGGUCAAGCAAGACGCUCUCAACUACGUCGUCAAGGCCAUGGCCGAGGAUGAGGCUGAAAUCCGCCAAUGA